AUUUUCUUUUCUUAUCCCCAGCCGCCACAAAGACAGCCGGCCGCCUGGGAACUUUUUUUUCUUUUCUUCUUCCUGGCCGACCGCACCUCCCACUUCUCUCUAUUUUUUUUUCCUUGCACCAUGGCUUGGCAAACGGAUCUAGGCUGGCUUCCUCUCUUUCUGUUCUUCUCCUGCUCUGUUCUUUGCUUCUUUCUUCCCCACCGAACAGCUCAAACCGGUGAGCUAGCCGCUGCCUGAGCGCGCAGCCGGCUCACAUAUCCGAGGAUGACCGGAUUAAUGUUCAGGGGCAUGCGGGUUUUACCGCCGGUGUGCGCGUCCCCUCAGUAGGGCGCGCCGCCGUCGGUCAAACGCCGACAGCUGUCCCUGUUGACAGCAGAGAAAAGGGGUCGACCUCUUGGUCGACUUCUGUGACUGUGCACGCCCAGAUCUUAUCUCCCUUACCUCUUUGACUCGAUCUCGUUCUCUGUGAUGUAUGAGAUGGAUCUAAUGUAAUAUUCGGGAUCGAGUUAUGAGUUGAUAGAACGUAGAUUUUCUGUGAGGAUUUUUUUGUACCUUUUCUAAUCUGCUCUGUCAUCUAGGCCGUGGAUGUAAAAGAUCCCGAGCCACUGUGAUCUCUGUUGACCCAGAUUUAAAACUGAUCAGGGUUAGGUUAUUAAACCCUAACCCUAAAACAUCGAUCUGUUUUUACUAUCUCGAAUCUUCUGGGUUUGGCCGAGACCAAAUCUCUGUUAGUGGCCAAAACCCUAGAUUUAGGGUUAGGUAAACCCUAACCCGAGAGAUAAAAAAUAUUCUUUCUAUUUUAAUCUAUCUGUUCUCGGGUGAUAAACGAAAAAAAUAGUUCAAUCAUGUUGAUCCGAGACUUUUCUGUGAUCUCAUAAAACUGAUGCGGAUUAGGAGAUCUAGGGUUCUUAGGACGGCUUUGAUACCAUUGUUAGAAUCUAUACUGCCUAGGAUCGAUUCCUAAGUCCCUAGAAUACCAAUCCGUCUGUAACUGAAAGUAAAAUCUUGAUGACGUGUAGAUCUGAUCUACUAUCUACUGAGAGGAACGGGGAAACACACCUUUAUUGUUGUUGCUAUCUUCAUACCGUCGCCCUGCAGAGAAGCAGCAGGCAUCGGGAUCCGAGCCGCUGUAGGUUGUCGCGUUUCUAAACACUCCGACGUCUAGGCGAUGGGGCCUCUGAGGACUAGGGUUUUGGGGCGAGGUACUAGCGUUAGUUUUUCCUGCGACCCCUUAGUCCUAUAUAUAGCGUCGUGUGUCUGGGGGCUCCAACCGAGGUUAGUGUGGGCCCUCCCGAUCAAGGGCCCGAUUAAAGGAACGAUAGUUGGGUUAAGCCCAAUCCAGUCUCUAUUGACCGGCUGUAGAGGACACACCCAACACUCGGCUCUUUCUUGUCUUAUUGCCCCUGGCACCAGGCGAGUACUACGCCCCGCGGCUUCCGAUGACGCCGCCGCCGAACCUUUCGCCGGCGCCGGCCAUCACGGGCGGCACGUUCGCGUACGACGACCUAGCGGCGGCGACGGGCAGGUUCUCGGACGCGAACCUACUCGGGCAGGGCGGGUUCGGGCACGUGUACCGCGGCACGGUGGGCGGGCGGGAGGUGGCCAUCAAGAAGCUGCAGGCCGGCGGCGGGCAGGGCGACCGCGAGUUCCGCGCCGAGGUGGAGAUCAUCAGCCGCGUGCACCACAAGAACCUCGUCUCCCUCGUCGGCUACUGCCUCUACGGCGAGCAGCGGCUGCUCGUGUACGAGUACGUGCCCAACAAGACCCUCGAGUUCCAUCUCCACGGGACAGGGAGUGGCAGGCCGACGCUGGACUGGCCGAGGCGGUGGAGGAUCGCGGUUGGCUCCGCGAAGGGCCUCGCGUACCUGCACGAAGACUGUUAUCCAAAGAUCAUCCAUCGUGACAUCAAAGCGGCGAACAUCCUUCUGGAUUACCAUUACGAGCCAAAGGUUGCAGAUUUCGGGUUGGCCAAAUACCAAGCAGCUGAAGUCACCCCUGUUUCUACGCGUGUGAUAGGAACCUUCGGAUAUCUGGCUCCAGAGUACGCUGCCACAGGCAAAAUUAGCGACCGGUCCGACGUCUUCUCCUUCGGUGUGAUGCUGCUGGAGCUCAUCACCGGGAGGAAACCAAUCAUGGCAUCUUCAGAGUUUCAGUCUGUGGCAUUGGUUUCUUGGGCUAGGCCAUUGCUGACAAGAGCUGUGGAGGAGGAAAACUACGACGACCUCAUCGAUCCGAGGCUGGAGACCGACUACGACGCGCACGACAUGGCGCGGCUGGUCGCGUGCGCCGCGGCCGCCGUGCGCCAGACCGCGCGGUGUCGCCCGCGGAUGAGCCAGAUCGUCCGGUACCUGGAGGGCGAGCUGUCGGUGGAGGACCUGAACGCCGGCGUGGUGCCGGGGCAGAGCGCGGUGCAGCGGUCGGGCGGCGGCACCACGGACCGGAUCAGCCGGCUCGGGCGCGUGAGGGAGCACCGUGACCGGGACGACCAUCACGGAGUGCACGAGCAGCGAUCCCACCAGCGAGGACGCGGGCGACACGGGCGAGGUGGCGGGCGCGCAGGGGCAGCAGUGCUCCGGCAGGCGCGCGGCCGUCUACACCGAGAGGAUGAGCCGGCGCACCACCGCCAGACGCACCCUGAAUUCGUUGUUCGUUCGCGUACAUCAGCAUACUGAACUUUGCUUCAACUUUUCUAAAUUAUAUAAGUUACUCUAUUCUUUUUAACAACUUAGAUCUCAAAGUUUUUGGUUGUGCGACAUAGGGAUGAAAAACGAACGGAUAUAUACAGAAAACCUCUCUGGUUUUGUUUCCGUA